AUGUCGACCGAACCCGUCUCCAGCAAUACCAGCGUCGUGGCGCAUGAAAUCUCUGAGAAGCCAGUGGAGGUCACAGCGCCAUCCCACGAGCGGGACACGGCAGAGAACCUCGCGGAACAAAAUCCGCAGGAUGAAAAAACACUGGUCGAUGGUGAAAAUGGUUCAACCAAGGAGUCGGGCGCACCGCUCGAUCGCAUUCCUUCUCAGGCGCAAAGAAUGAGUAAGAAGAAUAUUGUCUUGGUUAUGAUGGCACUUUGUAUGGCUACGUUCCUGGCAGCUCUGGACAUGACUAUCGUUUCUACUGCUCUUCCCACUAUCGCUGAUAAGUUCAAUGCAUCGGAAAGUGGUUACUCAUGGAUCGCUUCAUCCUACCUUCUCGCCAACGCUGCUUGUAUUCCUUUAUGGGGUAAGAUCUCUGAUAUCUGGGGUCGCAAGCCGAUUAUCUUAAUGGCCAAUGUCUUGUUCUUGGUUGGUAGUUUGGUUUGUGCCUUGGCAAAGAGUCUUGCUAUGAUUAUUGCCGGCCGUGCUAUUCAGGGUAUUGGUGGAGGUGGUAUGAUUAUCCUUUCCAACAUUAGUGUCACCGAUCUGUUUAGUAUGCGUGAGCGCCCCAUGUACUAUGGUCUCUUCGGCGCUACAUGGGCUAUUGCGAGUGCACUGGGUCCUAUCAUUGGUGGUGCUUUCACCACUGCUGUUACCUGGAGAUGGUGCUUCUACUUGAACUUGCCCAUUGGCGGUGUCUCCUUGGUUAUUCUAUUUCUCUUCUUGCACAUUGAAACUCCAAAGACCCCAUUGAUCGCUGGUCUGCGCACAAUUGACUGGAUUGGCACAUUCUUGAUCAUUGGUGGUACUCUUAUGUUCCUGUUUGGCCUUGAGUUUGGUGGUGUCAACUACCCCUGGGCCUCAGCUACUGUGAUUUGUUUGAUCAUUUUUGGAGUUAUGGUUUGGGUUAUCGCUUUCUUUGCAGAAUGGAAGAUUGCCAAAUACCCCAUCAUCCCGCUCCGACUCUUCACUGAGUGGUACAAUGUCUUGAUCCUGUUGAUCUGCUUCUGCCACGGCUUUGUCUUCAUUUCCGGCACAUACUACCUGCCGUUCUACUUCCAAACUGUCCUGCUCGCAUCCCCCAUUAUGAGUGGUGUUUACCUCCUACCUCUGGUUCUGGCCCUCUCUGUUGUCUCUGCUGCAACUGGUGUUCUUAUGAAGAAGACCGGUCGCUACCGCGAAUUCAUCAUGGCUGGUCUCUUCUGUAUGACACUCGGAUUCGGUCUCAUGAUUGACCUGAAGCCCUAUGCCUCCUGGGCCCGAAUCAUCAUCUUCCAGCUUAUUGCUGGUGUGGGUGUUGGUCCUAAUUUCCAGGCCCCACUAGUCGCAUUACAGGCUAACGUCCGACCUGCCGACAUGGCUACUGCAACUGCCACCUUUGGCUUUGUGCGCCAGCUCGCCACCUCCAUAUCCAUCGUCAUGGGCACAGUUGUAUACCAAAACAUGAUGUCUCAACAAUCGGCCGAGCUCACUGCCGCCGUCGGACCUACUAUCGCCGCAACCAUCUCUUCUUCCUUCGCCGGCUCCUCGAAGUCUCUUAUCGAGGGUCUUACAACAUCCCAGCGUGAGGUUGUACUCAAGGCUUUCACCUUUGCCCUCAGCCGCAUGUGGAUCAUGUAUACUGCGGUUGCCGCUCUCGGAUUCAUUCUGUCCUGCUUCAUUCGCCCUCUCAAACUCAGUAAGGCGCACACUAUCCACAAGACCGGUCUUGCUGAGCAAGAGCGAGCCCGUCAGGAACUGGCCAACCAGGAGAGCAAACCUGAGGAUAAUCUUGAAACCCAGGCCUAG